GUCCAAAUGCGUAAUCGGGCAUAAAAUCAAGCCACUUGACGCGAUAUCGAGCACACGCGACGCGCGUGUAUUAGUCUCACGAUACUUGUCGGACGAUAAGGUGAAUGUAGCGUAUCGCUUGAGAUGUUGAUAUAAACACCGACAGGGUUUUCUGUUCGCUGCGAAAGUCGAUUUACGUUAAAGCGAGAUCCCUGACAUUGGGCACGCGACGAAAAUAACAUCGUCGUAGAAGGUAGCUCGCGACAAAACUGGAGCACGACACAUAUGAUCGCUCUCGCGAUUACACAUUUGAAAGAAAUUGCAACAGUCCUGCCGGUAAAUCUGAAAGGCGCGACUUGUGGCGUGUAAGAGGUUAGGUAGAAUGUCAAUCGAAGUAUAUCUCGUCGAGAUAAUCGUCUAACAACGAAUGCUCUCGUGCAAUCGUGGGGAAGAUAUACGUAGAAAUAUGAUAGGAUUUUCGAUGUCCCGGGAUCGCGAGUUGACACGAACAACAAAUCACGAACUCGGGAGACGAAAAUCUCGUUAAUUGAUAUAUCGGUGCAAUAAAUAAUGUACACUGUCGGAGGAGAUGUGCGGUGUUGAUCCGACGUCACACGUUCGCUUUAUUAAACUGCCAAAGAUAGUGCGGUGUUAAUCUGUGUGUCUCUGUUUUUAUACGAGUUUGCCAAAAAAAAAAACGGUGUCGAGAUAUCGGGCAGACUGUGAUGAGUUACACCAACUUUGGCCGAGGAAGGGGCUUUGGGCGACGAGGUUCGCGAGCCACCGCAAGUUCGUUCGGUAGACCCCGAUUCCUACCUCCACCCUUCCGACAUGUAGGCCCACCAAGGCCAGGGCGUCCAUUCAUGCCCUGGCAACCGAACAAUAUGUUUUUUCAGCCCCACUUGUUACGUGGUAAUCCACAGUUCAGACCAGGCGGUAGGAGAAAAAAUUUCUGCGGCCACAAUACUCGAUUACCUGCUCCCAAUAGGCUGCCCGUGCCUCCGGAUUACGAGGAUGUUAUUAUUUCACCAGAUUUGAGUAGUCUGCAGAUAGAGAAUAAUCAGACCGAAGCAACGCCGCAGAUUCCCCUGCCUGGUUCUGAAGAAGAGCGACAGCAAAAAAUAGCGGAAACGGCAGAUCGAUUAAAGCAAAAACUAUCUUGUUUCAGCAGCAGUGAAAUGAGAAAUAUUUGGAGCGAUGACAAGCCGUUUUCGUCCAACUUUGCGGAAGACGAUUGUAUAAACAACAUAAAUAUUGCUGAGCUCAGGUAUCAACAAGUCGAACUCAGUCUGAUAUCCCAUGAUCUGACAAAUAUUGACAAAGUAAAUCCUGACGAUUCAAGACUCGACAACACGCAAUAUAUGUCUAAUGAUACUAAUAAUACAAAUACCGAUAUGGUAAUAUUAGAAGAAAAUGAAAAUGAAUCUCAACUAGCAACGAUACCUAACAAUCAAAUGACAAAUUUGUCUGUGGAGAAUGAGUAUUUGGAAAUGGACAACUGGCUUCAUGAGUCAGUCGAUAAUUUGGAACAAUCAGAUUUACAUAAAGAUCACAAUGUUGAAAGUGAAUUAUUAGAUUCGGAUCUUCAGUGUCAGUUUAAUACACCUUUGAUUAAUAUUCCACAAGAUUGUUGCGAUCAACAACAGGAUAUCUCUCAGGGAAAUGAAAUAUAUUCCACAAGUGCUACGAUAGAACAAGAUGUGUCUAAAACGUCAAGUUUACAGAAUAUACCACUCCCAACUGAUUUGACAGAUCAGGAUAUUUUGCAGACAAAUGUAUCGCAAAGUGAACAAGAACUAGUGACUACAAAUUUAGAAGUUCAAGAAAACAUUUUAGAAUCCCAGGUUCCUACAAUAAGUUCAAGUAGUAAUAAUUGUACACUAUCACAAUCAACAGUAGUUCAUGCAUCAGUAUUAAAUAAUAUUACAUCAGAUAAUCAAGUGCCGAAAAUAAAGAAAAAUUCUUUUCAUAGUGGACCACCAAAAUUAUCACCGCAUACCGAACAAGGAGAAUUGCCAGUUGAUUUUGAUCCAAGUACUCCGCCACCGAUACUUAUGAAGCAAGAUGAAUCACGUGUUAUGCCUCCGCCUCCAGUAUCUGAUGUGUUACCAUUAUUUAAUCCUACAGAACCACCACCGAAUAUCAGACAUUUAUUAAAAUCAACAUCUAAAGAAAUUCCCAUGUGGAAUAAUAUAAAUGUCCAAAAUUCAGCACCUACCACUUAUAACAGAGAAACGUAUACAGAAUUAAAUACAAAUGGAGGAUUUAUAUCUCAACAAUUACCACUAGAAAGCCAAAGUAAUGUUUUUUUGCCACCUCAUAUCGAUACAAUCCAAUUUUCUCCACGAUUUUCUGUACCAUCAGGCAGUUGUCCUGUCAUUGAUCCAAACGUUUCAUCGCGUGCAAUAUUUCCAACACGUGCAAUGUCCCAUAAUACUUACGCAUCUUCAUCUCCUUCGUCAGAACUCUUACCGCUCUCUGAUUGCAAUACGAGCAAGGACGAUGGUUUAAAUGACAUGCAGGAAGCUUUGAAAUUUGCAGAACAAAUGACCAGCAUAACGGAAAAAAGAGAGAAAGAGUCGAGUUCUAAAUCUCUUUGUGAAAGUAGUACCAUAGUUAAUUCAAUUAGCAAUGUAGAGUCUAUAUCUUUGCCUCCAGGAGAACCAAAAACCAAAACUAAUACGUUGAAGAGAACAAAACGAAAUGAUAUUCAUAAUAAAAAAAUAUCUCAGGAACAAAGAGUGUCAGAUCAUCUGCCAUUAGAAGAAAUGGUGGUGCAAGAUGCGAGAUCUAUGGAUAUGUCGCUGAUCAAUGAACAAGAGCGUCCUAAGGUAGUAUUUAAUUUAAAUAAUAAAACGAAAAUAGUAACUACUAGAGCUGGAUGGCGAGAGAAUACUGAGAAAAGAAACGGCAUAAAGCAAUUUAUGGAAUCGGAGAAGACGCCUUCAAUUUCUAAGAAAAAUUUUGAAAGUACAUUAAAACGAAAUGAAGAAGAGCGAAAGAAUUUAAAGAAGAAUGAGAAUAAUUCAGGAAAUACAGCAUCAUCUGAAUCAAUUGCAAAUCAAAAUACUGUAUCAUCUCAUAAGAAAAUACAAAAAAAUGCUAAUGCAGAAAAAUCUCUUGCUAAUAUUUCAUUGUCGUCGAAAAUCAACAUGCAAAAAUCAAUGAGUUGUGCAGAGAAGAACGAAAAUUCUACUUCGGAAACUUCUUGGAAGAACAAAAUCAUCAGCCGAUUUUUGAAGAUGAGUAAAAAUGAUAUCUUCAACAUGGUGAAUAAUACUAGUCUUCGAAAGUUUGAUGUUAUAAUGAAGCGUCUAGUCAAAGAAAAAAAAUCCUCGUUAUCCUUGGAGAUGAGACACGCCGAGAACGAAAAGAUGAAGCUGUACGAUCAGCAGGAGUUUAUGAAGCAGUUGAACACGAUGCUGGAGACUGAUGCCACUGUAUCUGUUACAGAUCUACCCACAGAAUUCAUUCAUCAUUUAAACGAAGUAUUACAACUAGAUGUACAACUGGACAAUCAGGUCGAAUCUGCAACAGCAGCAACUUCGAGUAGCCAAAAUAGUCACUUGGAAGAUCCAAAUCAUGUAUUUAGUCCCGUAAGAUUAUUUAUUUCAGAAUACCCAAAUAGAACAGCACAUAAUUAUAUAAAUCAAGAAUGCGAGAGAAAUAAAGGUCAUAUGAUAAAAACGGGACAUGACAGAGAUACGCAGAUGCAGCAUCAUAUUAGCAGAAGUAACGAUUUUAAUUUGAAAGAUGACACUUGUAGUACUAUCGUAUCCAAUAAGUCUAGCCUUAGUAGUAAAUUAUCGGCUUUACAACAUGAUCUAGAUGAUAUAUUUUCAGAAGUGACUAAGAAAAAUCAAACUCCCGCAGCAAUAAAGGAACGUAAGUAUUGUAACGUGAAUCAACGAAAUGCAAAGAAAUUUGACGAUGAUGCAAUUACAAGGAGCGCGGAGAACGAUACGCCUUUGGAAGAUGACAGAAUGCGUAAAUCGGAAAAUUGCGCACGCUGGAUCGAAAGAUGCGAUAAGUGGAAGAGAAAGGAACGAGAAGAUCCACAUGCAUACAGGAAUCUUACCAAAGAGGAGUGGGAAGCGAGAUAUGGAACCCAAGCAGACUCGAUAUCUUCGUCUUCUUUUACAAAAAAAAUUAAUACUAACAAGAACCCAUCACACAGAGGGCAUAAAAAAUCUUACCCACGACGUCGUCAUUCAUCUGAAUCUUCAAAGCAUAUAAGAAUCACAAGACAUAGAACUUUGGAAAAGGACAAACAUAAAAAGUCUAGACGACACAGUGAUGAUAGAAGACACAGUGCAGGAUAUUCGGAAUAUAAUAAUGAUAAUAAUGAUCGCAACGAGGAUAAUACUAGCAGCAGCAGCAGCAAUAGUAAUAGCAGUAGCAGAACCAGCAGAACCAGCAAUAGCACCAACAGCAGUAGCAGCAGCAGUAGCAAUGAUAGUAAUGGCAACACGGAACCAAAUGUUACAAAGCUGUUGAGAGCGAUAAAAGAGAAAGAGAAAGUUGCCAAGAAAAUGUCGUUGAACGAAACGAUAAGAGACGAGGUGAACGCCGAGAUAGAACGGGAACGAAAACAAAAGUCAAGGAAAUCGCGAAAAUAUAAAAAGUGGCGAAAGGAAAAAAAAUUGCAUCAUAAGAAGAAGAAGAAGAAACAACAGCAAAGUAAGAAGGCAACAAAUUUCUUUGAUUCCGCCUCGGAUAAAGACGAGAAUGAGGAAAUAACAAAAUUACUGACGGAAAACGAAAUUAAGAAGGAAAUGAUAGAAAAUGAAAUGACGCAAGAGGUGAUUGUUAAAGAAGAAUUGGACAUCAGUCAAGAGAACACCAGGGACGCUGAAUUUGCGAAUGCAAGUCACGUGGAAAAUAAAACGAUGCGUUCGCUCCCAGAAUCUAAGGGUACCCUAGAAUCCUCUCUUUUAACAACACAAGAGACUCCACUGACAACUGUCAAUCAAUCUCACAUUGAAGAUAGACCGCCGACAGCCUCUCCGACGCAACUGAAAACUAAAGCACAACUGAAACAGAUGCCAGAAGCGGCCGAUACGAAUGAUAACAAAAUUUUCCUGAAGAUAUUUACGACCCUACCAGAGGAUUGGAACACGAUUAAUCCAACGGAAUGCUCGGAGAAUUCGAAUAAGUCUUAUCAAGUAACUGACAUUAAUUGUAAUCGGGAUGAAACUGAUGUUCCGGCAAUUGACAAUUUCACGAGCAACAUAAAAAAUUGCGAGCAUCUGCGCGAAAGUUCUAACGAAAAUGCAAUAUCCCGACAAUCGGAUGUAUGCACUUCUAGCGACUCGUGUAUCAACGCUACUAAAAUAAAAGAUGAUAAUAAUAUCUCAAUUUCCGCUAACAUAUCAGACAAAGCGGCGUCAACAUCAGCCGUUGCAUCAGAUGUGCCGAUUAGAAACGUAAGUCGAAAAUCUAGAGGAGCUUCGAAGAAGAUCGACAUAAAGACGUACUAUGAGCGCACGAUACACCGUCGUAUGAACGUACAAGAAGAAUCGAAGAAAUUUGCAGAAAAUCCUACAACGUCGACUCAAGAUUUAUCUUCCUCUUCUAAGAUUGUCAAGCCAGAAAUUCCAAUCAACAAAUCUGCAUCCACACUUACGUGUGACGGCUCCAUUCAGGAUCCACGAUUAUUUUCGGCGGCAAGAUUAGCCACUAUUUCCUGCCAAAUAAAUAGUCAAGAUAACGAAAUUGCAGUAAGAAACGAUGUUCGGCAAGAAGAGAGACAAACAAUGAAGACAACUAAGAUCACAAAGAUAGCAUCGAAAUCCGUAGAAGAAAAUUUGAAUCGUGUCACUGAUACCGUUGAGAAAAUUCAUCAGGAUACAUCGAAAGAUAAACAUCCAUUUAUCGCUAACACAAAUGUCAAUGUACUGUCCAACGUAACAACUAACACCAUAUCAUCGAAAUCUAAUACAGGAAAUGUAAUGGAUAAAAAAUUGCAAAGCAGAGCUGCGUCCGAUUCUAAAAAAUUUAAGAAUAUUCGAUCGGAAGGUAGCAAAGAAUUGAAACUGAAAAAGGAAAUAACAAAGCCGCGAAAAACGAAAAAGAAACCUGAAAUAGCGUUAAAAUCUAUUAGUCUCCUUCCAACAAAAAUAUACUAUCCUUUGGUGAAGACAACUGAGAAUGCGAACGAGGUGAGUCAAGAAAAGAAAGUUGAUAAUGCAAGUGACAACAGAAUGAAAAUUGAACAGAUCGCGAAUCCUUGCGAAAGUAAGAUAAACAAUAAUUGUAGUAAUAACGCGAAUAAGAUGAAAGUAUCCACAAUUUUUUCGGAAAAUACCGAUAAUAAUAACGAAUUAUCGCAAGGCGUUGAUGAAGCGAAAGAAAGUUUUUCGAGUGCAGAAUUUAUUGGAGAAGAAAAUAUUGAAAAAGAUGUAGGCAAUAACAUUGAGAGCACCGAUUCACCUGAGACGAGGCGAAAUGAAGAAGCUCAUAACGUGGAAAGUGCAAAUAAUACAGCAAGUAUCGAGGUCACGAAUAAAGAAGAGCAGAAUACGAGAGAAAUUUUUAAUGUCGUUUCUAAACCGGAUGCUUCGGCAGCCUCUAUCGAAAUUUCAACCGAUAUUGUCAAAGCAGUUCAAGAAGAUAUCUCAACGUCGGAUAAAGAAUUUAAUGCAACGAAUGAUGCAACCGAGUUCUUGGAUCAAAUUCAAGUUGAAAAGUCAAAUAAUCAAGAUCUAUCGGAGAGCAUGGAUAAUGACUUUGAGGAUACACUUGAAAAAGGCGAUAUGAGCAGCAUUCCUGAAUUGGAUAUGACACCUCGACAGGAUAUUAUCGACGAUACGCCGAAGGAUCAGCCAUUAAUAAAUACAAAUGUGGUAAAUGAUGUCGAGAUUAAUGAUAGUAAAGAAAACAAUAUGAAAUCGAUCGUAGACAGCACGUGCAAAUCUGCGAGUGCGGAGGAAGAUAAUUCUCUACCUAGGAAAACCGUCGAACUGUCAUCGGCUUCGAUUGAAAGCUCAACACAGCAGCCGGAUACGGGAAAUGGCGUCAUUUCUCCUGAAAGCGUGGGUAGUCCGUUCAAAGGUUUCCUUCCAGAGACCAUGAUAGAUUUUGAGCAGCCUGAUUUGUUCAAUCUAGAAUUGCACGAAAAGGACAAGUUAUUCUUAAAUGAUUGUAAUGUAAAUCACGCGACGCGUGAAGAGGAAGCGAAGAUCGCAAAGCAACAGAAUUAUGAGUCGUUAGAAUGUAAUUGUGCUAAUAACAUGAGUAUCAACGAGAACUUUAACGUCACUUUCGGCGAUACUUUACUUGCUUCAGAUAAGGAACGUGCGACGAGCGACAAAUCUGGAUUAAUGGCGGAUGAAAAUAUACAAGGACAAAUCGUGGAGAAGUCUUCGUGCGAAAUAGUCACCGCUGCGUUACACGAGGACGACAAUAUCGAUGGGGAAGGUGAUGAAGCGGAUAAAGGCUUAAUAAGCGAAUCGCAAUUAACUAUCAAGGAUUCCAUGUUCAUUAACGAGGAGGAGAUGAUUCAGGACGAAAAUGGGUCGAAGGAUCUUACGAGUAAACUCACGACCACGACCGAUCCUAGCUUGUCCGACGCCCUGGACGAUGCUGCGAUUUCGGACGACGCAUUGAGAUUAGCAGAGACUCAGAGCGCGGAGCAUCUCAACAAUCAUAAUAUGUAUUUAGAAGCAAAUAUAUCUACGGAGAAAAUCUCUUGCGACAAGCUGCCGGGUUUCGAUUCCGAUGAACACCUGGACAACGACAUGUUUUACUUGGACGAUCGUUUGCAAAGUGCUGCAACGUUCGAUAACAAGGAUGAGGCGUCCUUUUCUAUUCAUCAAGAAACGAGCCCUCGGUAUGACAUUAUUCCACCAACUGUCACUUCAGAACCGACACUGACAACAUCUUGUGCGGAUUUAUCGCCCGAUGAGAUACAAGAAGAGCGAUAUAAAUUUGACUUGAAGCCCAUUUCGUCGACAGACAGUUCAGAUUUACUCGCGAGAGUACCGUCGAUGGAACAUUCGCCGAUUGUAAUUGAUACACCGCCAAGAACGUUAAACAUCCCGACCAAAGCCGCCUUGAAGGAAGCUGCGACGAGUCAUUUCUUGAAAUCUCCGAAUAAUUCAUUGAUCAAGGAAACGACGCAGGGAAUAUUGGAGAAGACGCAACAAAGCGAAACAGAGAGUGCGAGUUACCAAACACCAGCGUGGCAUGUGGAUAUAUAUCAGGGUACAAAAACGCAUUCUUUAGACACUCACACCAACAACUGUGUAAAUGUAAACACGAUUUCGUCGACGCAAAAUAAUACGCACAACGAACGCGUUCAUAUAAACGUGGAUGUCGAUCAGAGUAAGACGUUAGUAACAUCUCUCAAUAACGAUAAGGAUCUACGCAGCAGUGAUAUACAACAUAAUCCGGUUGUGGAGUUGAGAAAGAUGAAAGAACUUGACUCGAGAAUGACGAAUCAGAAAAAGGCGCAAGAAAAAACGAGAGAAGACGUGUAUAAAGGUCGAAGGAAGCGCAACGGUACGCUGUUGCAUAAAUUGAAAAAUAAACGGCAAAUGAAGUAUCGAUCUCAGAGGAUUGAUCUAAAUAGAAAUAGUUUAACGAGGAAGCUUAAAAAUAUGAAACACCUUACCGGCGCUGUAAAUUCGAGAGAAGCGAUUCUGGCUAGAAUGUUGGAGAUUGAUCUGGAGAUGCAUAAGUUGACCGCGGAAAAACUAAAGUUGCACGAGAUGUUGCAGAGCAAUGUUGAAAGUGCUGUGACGAAUAAUGAGGCAACGAGGGAAAACGACAUGAUUUCUGAUCAAAUUGGAGUGGUCUCGACAUUAACGUCGCAAUUACCGCAAAACACCAAAGUAAACAGCGCCAAACGAAAGAAACACCAUUCGUCAUCGUCGAAACAAUCUCCGAUUAAGCGGAAAAAAAUCGUGCCUCGCAGUUCGGAGGAUGAUGAGAUUAUACGUUACACGCAGAAGAAAAUGCCUGUGAUUAAAUGGAAGAAAACACCGCGAUUAGAAUAUAUAAUUAACAGACAGAAGGAGGAUCUCGAAGAGGAGAAUAAUCUCGACGAGACGGAACAGCCCUUGACGACUUUUGCGAAUAAAGAGGUAAAUAUUUCUUCGGUCUUGGACACAUCUGAAGAUGCUACGAUACAGAAACCUGAAUCGAAUACACCUGAAGAUGCUACGAUACAGAAACCUGAAUCGAAUACACCUGAAGAUGCUACGAUACGGAAACCUGAGUCGAACGCAUUUGAAGACGUAUCUGAAGAUGCCACGAUGCAGAAGCUUGAAUCGAACGCUACGAUAGAUCAUGAUGUACAAGUGCAAGAGACUACGGAGAAUCACGAAAAGGCUAAUUGUGAUGUGAUCGAUGAAUCUUUGAAGCCUGCGAUCGAUAGAUCUAGUCUAGAUAAAAGUGCGGAUAAUCAUACAGAGGAUUCUACUGAACGAGAGCACGCGAAAUGCUUCGAUAUCGAUAAGAGAAACGAUAUUUCAAUACCAAGCAAGGCAGCGAAUUCUCAGCCGGCGAGCGUACAAUUGCGCAGUACACCAGAAUCUUUGUCCAUAUAUUCUGAUGACAGCACAUGGGACUUCCUGGUGCAGAACACCGCAUCGGAAGUGCAGGAGAACAGGAAUGUAACGGGCCUUGUUCUACUGGACGAGAACGAAACUUGAACGAGAAAACUUAAGAAAGAACAAGCCAGGUCACGAAAAUUGAAGGCGAUUGUGCGCAAGAAGAAGAAGGAACAGCUGAACAACUACCUGAAGAGAGUCAAUAACUUGACGAUGGAGGAGGAAGAACUGCCCUUGUCCAAGUUAUACAUCAGAAAAUUGCGACAGAAGCGUGAUCUGCUCGACUCGCUCAGUCAAAGAAAGGAAGACGCGAACGUAGAUGUCGAUCCAGAGGUCUUAAAGAAUGUGGACGACGUGAUAAACGCGGUGGCGGAGAACAGAGUGGAGAAUCUUUACGAGCCUCAGACGCAGAACGUUUCUGACAUUCCGACAACGUCCAAUCUCUUGUCGCAGCCUGAGGAACAUCAGUUUUACGUCGAUGCCGAAGCGGCGAAUUCGGACUGGCCCUGUCGAGAGAAGGAAAAUAUAGAGGAGGCCGCGGAACGACAGCAAGACAGUAACAAUGCACCCACCAACGACGAAUCGAAUCACGUCUUUAAAGUCGUGAAUCAGAACAAGACUCCUUUCCACGAUGAACAUAACGUAGAACCUGACAGUAGCGUCACUCCUGAAGAAACUUUAAUCGAGAGCCAUUCCUUGGAUUGCGAUGUCCCGCCGAAGGAUAACGUUGCGUUGCGAAAUUUCGAUAUUAGAGUAUCCGUGCCUAAGAUUUUGAUAAAAGAUGAUUUCAGUUUAGGAUUGUUGCAGAAAUUUAAAGACACGGAAGGCGGCGUCGUCGGCACCGGACUAGUCGACUCUACCACAAAUGUGCUUGCAACAACUAACUCUGAGAAAUCAAUUGAGAAAAAUGAGGACACUUCAUUGACCGUCAAGUCGAUCCAAGUCGUGCAAGAAGAUAAAAGAAAAGAGGAGAGUGAAACGAAUUUAAUCGAGGAGAAGGAUAAACAAGCGGUAGACGUGAGCGAUGGGCAGAAUAAAGCGUGCGAAUUACAAAAAGACGAGACAAUUAACAACGUGAGGGAUACACAAAAUGCACCGCAAUCAAAUACCACAAAAUCCGAAUACACCAAUACUAUUGAGAACGAAGAUACAGGUGAUAGCGUCGCAUCUAACAAUAAGGUAACGAUGGCAAAUGUAACAAAUGACUCGAGUGUCUCGGAUCCUGAAAGCGGAUCACGUGUAUUCGAAGCGAUUAUGGAUAAUGAUCAAAAUACCCGCAGUUCCGUUUCGAUUGAUCGAGCAAGCGAAAAGUCGGAAGAAUCCACCGACACGUCUGUCUUUUCGUUCGACAAGAUAACCGCGAAGGGUACGGAAACGAGUAAAUCACGGUCUCGUAAAAAAUCCGGCAUGUCGGCACCAGUGCGUAGAAGCACUAGAUAUACCAAUGAGAAUGUCAAAGCGACUGAUUCUAAUUCAAACAGUAGCGAACAAUUGAACGUUCACGAAAGAGAUCUAACGCAAUGCAGGAGCGGAUCGCCUUCGUGGACGAUGCGCGAUGAAAAAAUCUUAAAUAACAUUAAAAGGAAUCGUGCUGCUCAAAAAACGCAGAGCAUAGCUAAUCGAAAAGUAUCGAUUAUCGAUUGUGAAACCAAGACUGAUCAAGCGAAAUCGCGUCUUUCUGCUGAACCCGCAUCGUCGAAGAACAAGACUCCGAUAAACGCGAAAAAAAGAAAACACACGGAAUGGCAAAUGAUGAACUGUAAAGUGAGGCUGAUCGACUGUAAACAUACCAUGUUUAAACAAAAUGUCAAUCGGGAGAUUUUAGAUAAACUUGGAAUAAUCGCUAUCAAUCGCUUCGUAUCAAGUGAUAUAUCCCAUAUGCAAUGUGCCACAUACAAUCAAGAUAUGGCAGUAAUCCCUGCCGCGACUUCAGAACAAAGCUCUCACUUUCUUUCGGAAAAAUCCUGCGAUAAAAAAAAUACCGAGAUUGAAAUCUUGGAUGAGAGACCAAUUAAACAAAAUAACGAUGAUGAUUCCGCUCAAGGAGCCGCUUCGAUGGAGGUCGAUGAAGAAGAGGAAGCAAUGAAAAUGCAAUACACAGUCCACAAAGGUCCUAUCUUAGAUAUCAAGAUCUUUGAAAACUCUUUCCUAGCAGCAAGUGAAGACGGCAAGAUAUACAGAUAUAGCCAAACGUCUAACGGAAUAUUGAAUAUCUACAAAGGUCACAAAUCUGCGGUUACUUGUCUGCAUAUCUACAAAUCGGAGAUUGGAGGCGCUAACAAGGAAGUUAUGUAUUCCGGUUCCUUAGAUGGCACUUUGCGUUGUUACAAUAUAAUGACGGGUGCAUUGAUAAAGAAUCCAGUGCAAAUAAACAGUCCGAUUCAAUGCAUGGAUCAAUCGUGGGGAAUGAUUUUUAUCGGGACUAAAUCUGGACAUGUUUCGCGUUUUCAUAUCAAGGCUAGUAGUAUUAAAGGAAGCAGUAUAGAGUUUUCGGACAAAUCUGUCCUUGCUCUUAAAGCGACGAAUGAAGGUGCGCGAAGAAUUCUCAUCGUGGCCUCUCGAAAUCAGCCGAUAACAAUACGAGACGCGCAAACCGGCUUGUUUCUUCGUACGAUUAGCGGUCAAAAAAAUCACACGGUUUACAGCUUGAUGCGCCAUAAUAAUCUAAUCUAUUGUGGUACAAGUAGCACGUCCAUCAAUGUUUUUGAUUUCACGACGGGUGAACAAACAAUUCAAUAUGAUGCUGGAGUCGGUAUCGUAUGUAUGCGGCUUCACGGACAAUUAUUGUUUGCAGGCUGUUAUGACGGCAAUAUCUACGUUUUUGAUACAAGGAACCACAAACUAGUAUGUAGUAUACCUGGCCCAGGAAAUAUGUUAUUAAGUAUAGAAGUUGUAAAUAAUAAGAUCAUAGCAGGGAGUAAAGACAAACGUUUGCAUUCGUGGCAAAUGCCCAUUCAAGUGCGUGCCUUACUGUAAGAUAUCAUACAUAGCAUGCCUAGGAAUUCUCUACUUCGAAAAUAAUUAUGUUAAAACUGAAAGCCAAUCAGUUAACAACCCAAAUAAUACUAAAUGGAACAGGAGAUUCAUUUGGCAUCGAAGAUAUGACGACAUAACAAAUUUGUGUGUGUGUAUUUUAACUUUUUCACUAUAAAUAGCAUUAUGCUAUUAUCACAUUUCCUGAAUUGCUUUUAUUUGUGUUAUACAUUUAAUGAAUAUUUGCUAGAUUUAG